CAUCCUUCACAAGCUCAAUGAUCAUGUCAGCUGAUCAUCCAGGCCUGACGUUUUCCCUGCACCUCAUAAGGAGUGAACCAACCUAUAACCAGCCAGUCCAGCAGUGGAGCUUUGUGUCUGACUUGGCAGUGCGUGACUACUCAGGAACCUACACUGUAAAACUGCUGCCAUGCACCACUCCAUCACAUCAGGAGUACCGCCUGCCAGUCAUCUGCAACCCCAGAGAGCCUGUCACCUUUGACCUUGACAUCCGAUUCCAACAGGUCAGUGAUCCAGUGGCAGCUGAGUUUAGCUUGAACACCCAAAUGUACCUACUCGCCAAGAAGAGUCUCUGGUUGUCUGAUGGAUCCAUGGGAUUUGGGCAAGAGAGUGAUGUUGCUUUUGCAGAAGGUGAUAUAAUUUAUGGUCGUGUCAUGGUAGAUCCUGUCCAGAAUCUAGGUGCUUCCUUUUACUGCAGCAUUGAGAAGGUGUUCCUGUGCACCGGAGCUGACGGCUACGUUCCCAAGUAUAGUCCAGCAAAUGCAGAAUAUGGCUGCUUAGCUGAUUCUCCUUCACUCUUAUAUAGAUUUAAAAUUGUGGACAAAGCUCAGCCAGAGACACAAGCCACCAGUUUUGGAAACAUCUUGUUUAAUGCCAAACUGGCAGUGGAUGACCCUGAAGCUCUUCUUUUAGUGAACCAGCCUGGAUCUGAUGGAUUUAAAGUCGACUCAACACCUCUCUUUCAGGUUGCUCUGGGCCGAGAAUGGUACAUACACACCAUCUACACAGUGAGGUCAAAAGACAACGCCAAUCGAGGCAUUGGUAAAAGAAGUGUGGAGGACCAGUACCACUCUCUGGUGGGUCAAGGGAAGCCCCAGGCAAAUACCAAGAACCGGAAGAGGAGGGAGAUGCGGAGCACACCCCCUCUGGUGUGGGAAAUUGGUGCUGAAAACAACCGAGGAACAAACAUCCAGCACAUUGCCCUGGACCGCACCAAGCGGAAGCAGAUCCCCCAAGGGCGCGUUCCUCCUGACGGCAUUCUCCCCCGGGAGCUCAACAGUCCCAGCUCUGAGGUCAGCCUGGUCAUGAUUGUGGGGGGCAUCGCCGUGGGAUUACUCACCCUCUGCCUCACUGCCAUUCCAGUGAUGAUGUGCAAGAGCAAGAAGAGCGCCAGGAGGAAGGAUGCUCUGAAGGGCUUAGGCAGCAGCAGGCCCAUGAUGCCCCCACAGAGCCACCACAGCGACAGCUCAGAGGUUUGAUGACUGCAGGUGGAAUUAAACCUUUUCCUCCAGUGCGUCAGACAAGACAACAGAACCCCAAAUGCUUCUUGUAAAUGGCAUAAAAUUGGAGACUUCUGUGAUGAAGCUGCUCAGAGGAACUGACUGUACUAAUGAACUUUGAUUUGAAUUCUGUCUACUCUUUCAUGCAUCAAAAGACAAAUUCAGGCCGCAGACCAUAUCCUUCCUCUUGCCCAGAAGGCAGCAACAAUGUAUUCACACAUACACAGAGCCAUAGAUGGACGAUGAGGAAUGUAUUUCUCAUUUUAGGCCUUUUCUCUACACAGUGGAGAUGAACCUAUUCAAAGGUGCUAACAAGACUCUCAGAAGUUUUACGAGUAGUCUAUUGUUGCUAUAUUAGUAUGAACGUUGAAGGUGCAAUUGUCACAUUGUUUAUUCAUUGUAUAACGGUUUGUUACUAGAAAGAUUUUAAUUGGUAGUCUGGAAGAAUGAUAAACACACUGUUUAUGACAAGUUUUCUAAUUGGCGAAGACGGCACAGAAUUAUGACCAGGGGUAGCUCAACCCACAAAUUACCUUUUCUACUACUUGGGAGGGAGCGGAAGAAAGAUAGAGGGAAAGUAACUCACUAACUUGGGUUUGAAUUGUUUCUCAUCCUCUGCAGACCCUCCUUGUUUUAUUUGCGUAUUUAAUUUUAAAUUAAACCAAAGAAUAUGCUAAGUCUGGAAGAGAUUGAUGAGGCAAGACUGCUCUAUUUUGGUAUACAGUGAGAAAUAGCAGAGUUCUUGCAUGAUAAUAUACGUUAUUGGUGCUCAACAUUUGUAGGAAAUGAGAGGGUUGGUGACACUUUGAUGAUGAAGAAAUGCCAUAGAGUUAGAUUUACAUUUACAAGACAACGUUCUCUAAGAACUGAGCCUAGAUGUUUGCAGUAUUGAACUCAUAAAUGAUAAUGAGAAACAUCAUUACAGAUGGUAGAGGGAGAAAGUGGUAUUUAUUAAUAUAAUAUGUUUAACCAAAGUGCCUCUUAUACAUACUUUAUAGAAUAAAAGAACAUUGUAACAGAUGAUACAUGAGGUUAACCCUCAGAGUAGCAUAAUCACACAACAAUGUCCAGAACUUAAAUUGGCCAUAGGAGAUUUUAUUAGCUUUCUAAUAGACAUCUGGUCCAAACCAUGGGAAUCUCUGCAACUGUCAUUCCAGUGAUAGUCUUGGAGGUGGCCAGCGUCACUGAUCAUAUUCUUCUUUGAUCAAAGCAGAAAACAUCAGUCUUGGGCAUCUCCAGUUCAGUGAACUGAUGCAGUGAGGUCCAUCUCAGUAUCUAAAAAUAUAAUUUGUAGCACUGCCUACAGUGUUAAAAAACAAGGAACUUGAGUGAGGUUGCUCAGCAAACCUCCUAUUGCCUUUCUGAGAAAUGUGCUUUCACCAAAUGGCAGAAAUUUCAGUUCAAAAGGGAAAAUGUCAGUAGUUUAAUGAGCAGUCUUCCCAAAGCUAGUAAAUGUAUUUCAAACAA